AUGGCGCCCUACGAAGAUUUAUAUGGAAGAAAGUACAGGGCAUCGUUAAAUUUGUUUGAGUUAAAAGAUAGAGAUAUAAUUGGCCCAGAUAUAAUCAAGGAUGUAGAAGAAAAAGUGAAUAUUAUUCAGGAUAACCUCAUGAUAGCUUUAGAUCGACAAAAGUCCUAUGCAGAUUUGAAGAGAGAGGGAAUAGAAUACCAAGUGGCGAUAAAAUAUCGAUUGGAUCCUUCACACGUCAUCACAUCGGAGGAAAUAGAGAUUCAGCCGGAUUUGACCUAUAAGGAAGAAACAAUGAAGAUUUUGGUACAUGAAGUCAAAGAACUACGGAACCAGAUGAUUCCACUGGUUAAGGUCCUUUUGCGCAAUCAUAAAGUAGAUAAAGCUACUUGGGAACACGAAGGGGAUAUAAGAAAGCAGUUUCCUCACAUGUUUGGAGCAGAAGAUAACUGA